AAAAUACCAGUCCAGUUUAACUUUUUACCCCUUGACUCUUCCGCCGCUUAUUUUGUGGUCUGUUUUCUCCUCAGUGUAGUUUUGCCCUUCUACAUCUUUCCUUCAUGAGCUCUGAUAUGGGAAAACUGGAAGCUGCACAGAGAAUGGAAGCAUGGCCAGCAAACUGAGAAUACAAUGUGCUUUUGUCUCUUGCGGUCCCAGUUUAAGCCCCCCAAAAAAAUGACUUAUUGGGUGGCUUGAUCAAAACAGCCUGAGAUAACUUAAAUUCAGCUUAUUUACUUGGCGCAGAUGUCUGUCCUUAAGGGAAAUAUUUAGCCUGCAACUGCGGCAGCUUUAAACACCGCAACCCCGCCCCUCAGCACUAUCACAUGAAUCUGGACUGAACAGUUGAUGAGAAAAAAAAAAAAAAAAAAAAAAGUUUGGAGGUUUUGCUGAAAACACUUUUCUGGGUCUAGUUGCGUCUCUUCUUUUAAUGUGGAUGUCUCUGAAUUGAAAGUUCGCCUUGUGAGUCUGUGUGGCGUCUUUGCACUUCUCCGGCUGUGAUUUCAGCAACUUUUCUGCAGGAAUAGAAAGGAGAAAAAACGGUCUGGCUGCUUGAAGAUUUGUUUUGACACCAAGUUGGCGACAUGGACGCGCAUCACGGCGCGCCUCCGGCUGGCCAGCAGGUCGUGCACGUCCGCGGGGACUCGCAGACGGAGCUCGAGGCCCUCUUCAACGCGGUGAUGAACCCCAACAAGGGCGCGCGGCUGCCUGCCUCCCUGCCGAUGCGCAUGAGGAAACUGCCGGACUCCUUCUUCAGACAGCCCGAGCCGCGGGGACACUCCAGACAAGCCAGUUCAGACGGAGGUGUAUGCGGCUCCCUCACUCCUCACCAUGUCCGCGCCCAUUCCUCCCCUGCCUCCCUCCCAGUCAAUACCCUCUCCACUCAAGCAACAGGUGCAGCAGCCCCACCAAUUAUCCCUGAUGACGUGCCACUCCCCCCUGGUUGGGAAAUGGCCAAAACGCCUACUGGCCAACGUUAUUUCCUCAAUCACCUGGACCAGACAACUACUUGGCACGACCCCCGUCUCCCGCAGCUCCAAUCAGCUGCAGCUCAGCAUCCUAUCUCUGGCCCUCCGGUCCACGGCCACACCCUGACCAACUCCACAUCCACCACACAACCCCAAAACAUCAGUCCAGAAGCAGGUCCACUUCCUGAAGGCUGGGAGCAGGCCGUGACUCCAGAGGGAGAGGUGUACUACAUCAAUCACGUCACCAAGAGCACCUCAUGGCUGGACCCACGCAUAGCCCAGAAGGUGAACCCUGGCAUUAUUGGGAUGGCAACACAGCAAAGACAGGACAAGGAAAGGCUCAGAUGCAAACACCAGGGCCUCUCUCAGCCAAUCACGGCACAGGAUGCAGGGGGAAGGAGCCAGAUGCCCAGUGGAAUGGACCAUGACAGGAACACACAGACUCUUGUCCCGCCUCUGGAUGUCAGGAUCAGAAGCUCCAACCAAGAACCUACACUUAACGGCGCUCACUCUCGCAAUGAGAGCACUGACAGUGGUCUGAGUGUCAGCAGCUUACCUCGCACAUCAGAACACCUGCUGAGCACUGUGGAGCACAUGGACACUGGUGACUCUGGAGAAACCCCUCCGAUUACCUUACAGGAGACGAUGUCAGUGCUGCCGAUGAGUGAGGGGGAGGAGCUGAUGCCCUGCAUCCCAGAAGGUCUAAGUUCAGACCUCCUGAUGGACAUGGAGACUGUUCUCUCCGGGUCACACAUGGACAAGGACAGCCUGCUCACCUGGCUAUAGACGCCCCUCACCCCCACCCCAAAUAUGCUCUAAGAUACGGUCUUUUAUAAUGUGACUGAGUAAUUUCUCCAAAAAUGGUACAGAACAUUAUUACUGAGGAACGACACUACAGUUGAGUGAUGGAUGGCUAACACUACUCCUACCCUUAAGGAUGAAGUAAUCUGACUCUCAGAGAAGGUGGAAUGCUGCUGGUUUGUCCUCCCUUUGGGUCUGGUUUUGCAAGGAUGUAUCUGGGAGCACCCUACAGACGGGUGACAAACCAAAGGAAAAAACAACGUAAAGUGUCUUUGUAAGGUGUUGGGAUGUGGCUUCAGUGCUCCGUAGAUUAUCCAAGUCUCUGGAACUCCCUUCUUCCAAAAAGAUGUACAUAGAGAGGCAUGGUAUAGUCAGGUUGCAUUGCUAUGGCCCUCAUGGCAAAUGCACAGUUUGUUCAGUGGUGCUAAAACCAUUGGCGCUGGGCCACAGAAAUGUGGGGAAAAAGUGAUGUAGUCAAAUGAGCCAUCUUUCACCAUAUUCUGGACCAGUGGUUCUCAACCUUUUUGGUGUCAAGGAACCCCAGUUUGAUUCACCCUAGGCCGCAGACCUGUAUUUAAUAAGUUGUAUUCUCACAGAUGGCCAUCUGUUAAGAUUUAGUUAUACCAGGGGUAGGCAACCACACAUAGUGAGUCGAGAGUCUGGUCAGGUUUUCAUUCCAACCAAAAACUCCAUCAGGGGAUUUCACAGAGUACCUCAUGUUCAAACAGAGAGGAGGAAGUGAUAAGUGAAAUCAGCUGGUGGAGUUUUUGGUUGGAAUGACAACCUGUAGACUCUCGGCUCACUAUGGCACAUGGUUGCCUACCCCUGAGUUAUACCAUCACUGUCUACACCAGGGGUGUCAGACUCGUGCCAUGGAGGGCCAAGAGGCUGCAGGUUUUCAUUCCAACCAACAACUCCACCAGGUGAUUUCACUGAUCACCCUACCUCCAAACAGAGAGGCGGGACUAAUCAGUGAAAUCACCUGGUGGA